AGGAGCGAGAGCGUGAACACUGGCGUUGUAUCGGACUUCGAAGAGAGAGAAAACUCUGAUUUUCUCGACACUCUCCCAAAUCAAUCAAAUCUCCCUCUCUUCUACCACCCUGGCCUCUUCACUUUCUCUCUCUCUCUCUCUCCAUCUCUCUCGUUCUUUACUUUCUUCUCUCUCAUCCAUUGCGAUCUCUCAGUUGAUUUUUCCAUCUGGGCUUCCGCCAAAUUCUAAUCCUGAUCAAGAUUUUACCGGGUAAAAAAGUAGAGCAACGAACCAUCAUCAUUUUCACAUCUGUGUACGUUCCAUGAGCGUGAAUCUUUUUGGUCAAUGUGGGUUUUGUUUCCCUCGGUGAAUGGAGUGAAGGUCCAAGAACAGUGUUUUUUUCUUCGAAGCUCUUGAGCUGGCACGUCAUUUUGGCUGUGGGGUUUAACGGUUAAUGUGAGCAUGCCCUUUGCCUGCAUUGUGGAGGUGUUAGACAGCUGGAUUUGCUCAUAUAGAGGUUUUCAGGUUACGCUUUAUGUGGGUACGUUGUUUUAGCCGUGAGGUUUAGUGGUUAUAUAAGUAAGCCCUUUGCUUGCACUGUGGAGGCAAGUUUUGGUGUUUUUGUUUAUGAUUCUGAGGUAGCAAAGCGACUCUGAGCUUCACAGUAGUUGUCGGAUGGCUCGGGGUAGGAUAAGAGCAAGGAUCCGAAGGAGCCAGCUUUAUACAUUUGGUUGUUUCAGGCCACAAACUUCUGAAGAAGACGAGCCACAUGACUUCCAUGGACCUGGUUACUCGCGAGUGGUUUACUGCAACGAGCCUCGUAUGCAUGAGCACAAGCCUCUUAAAUACUGCUCGAAUUACAUAUCCACCACUAAGUACAAUGUUGUUACGUUUCUGCCAAAGGCCAUAUUUGAACAAUUCAGACGUGUUGCCAACCUCUACUUUCUUCUUGCUGCGGUCUUGUCGCUGACUCCUAUAUCACCAUUCUCUGCUUUGAGUAUGAUUGCACCUUUGGCUUUUGUGGUUGGUCUGAGUAUGGCUAAAGAAGCUCUGGAAGAUUGGCGUCGGUUUAUACAGGAUAUGAAGGUCAAUUUGCGAAAAGCUCGUGUACAUAAAAAGGACGGUUUAUUUGGUCUUAAACCCUGGAUGAAGCUUAGGGUUGGAGAUGUAGUGAAGGUAGAGAAGGAUAAAUUCUUCCCUGCAGAUCUACUUCUGUUAUCUUCCAGUUAUGAAGAUGGAAUAUGUUAUGUGGAAACGAUGAACUUAGACGGGGAGACUAAUUUGAAGGUGAAACGAUCUUUAGAGGUAACACUUCCCCUGGAUGAUGAGCAAACUUUCAAUGAGUUCAAGGCGACCAUAAAAUGUGAGGAUCCCAAUCCUAGCCUUUACACUUUUAUGGGUAAUUUCGAGUAUGAUCGACAGAUCUACCCUCUUGAUCCAAGUCAAAUUCUCCUCCGAGACUCGAAGCUUCGAAAUACUGCCUACGUUUAUGGAGUGGUUAUAUUCACUGGUCAUGAUAGCAAAGUUAUGCAGAACUCCACGAGAUCUCCUUCUAAAAGGAGUAGGAUUGAGAAACAAAUGGACAGAAUAAUAUACAUCCUUUUCAGCUUCCUCGUGUUCAUCUCGAUCAUUAGCUCCAUAGGUUUCAUCGUGAAGACUAAAUACGAUUUGCCAAAGAAGUGGUAUUUACAGGUUCCAGAUAGUGAAGAGUUAUACGAUCCAGGUAACCCUCUGAGGUCAGGGUUCUAUCAUCUAAUUACUGCUCUGAUAUUAUAUGGAUACUUGAUACCAAUAUCUCUCUAUGUGUCGAUUGAGGUUGUGAAAGUCCUCCAAGCUUUAUUCAUAAACCGGGAUGUUGAGAUGUUUGAUGAAGAGACUGGAACACCAGCUCAAGCCCGGACAUCAAACUUGAAUGAGGAACUGGGACAAGUUGACACAAUCCUUUCAGAUAAAACCGGCACCUUGACCUGCAACCAAAUGGACUUCCUUAAAUGCUCAAUUGCUGGUACUGCAUACGGUAUGUGUUCUAGUGAUGUGGAACUUGCUGCUGCUAAACAGAUCGCCAUGGACUUGGACGGCAAUAGCCAAGCUAGUACGCCUCAUUCUUGGCGAAAAAGUGGGUGCAGCUUCGGAGAACCCGAAAUUGAAUUAGAGUCUGUUGUUUCUUCAAAAUAUGAAAUGGAUCGGAGGCAACCCAUAAAGGGGUUCAGCUUUGAGGAUUGCCGCCUCAUGAAUGGGAAUUGGUGUAAAGAACCCAAUGCAGAUGUUAUCUUAUUAUUUUUCAGGAUACUGUCGAUUUGUCACACUGCCAUUCCAGAGCGGAAUGAAGAGACUGGCAUCUUCACCUAUGAAGCAGAAUCACCUGAUGAAGGUGCUUUUCUUGUUGCUGCGAGAGAAUUUGGUUUUGAGUUCUGCAGACGGACGCAGUCAAGCAUAUUUGUUCGUGAGAGAUAUUCUUCCUUUGAAGAGCCCGUUGAAAGGGAGUACAAAGUUCUCAACUUGUUGGACUUCACUAGCAAAAGGAAGAGAAUGUCUGUCAUCGUUAGGGACGAAGAUGGACAGAUCUUUGUGUUUUGCAAAGGAGCUGACAGCAUUGUCUUUGAUAGGCUAGCAAGGAAUGGUAGAAUGUACGAGGAAGUAACCACGAAGCAUUUGAACGAAUAUGGGGAGGUUGGUUUGAGAACACUAGCCCUUGCCUACAAGAAACUUGAGGAAGACAAAUAUUCUGCAUGGAACGAAGAGUUUAUCAGAGCAAAAACUGCAAUAGGUGGUGAUAGGGAAGCAAUGCUCGACCGGGUUGCCGAUAUGAUGGAAAAGGACUUCAUACUUGUCGGUGCAACUGCUGUAGAGGACAAAUUGCAGAAUGGAGUGCCCCAGUGCAUAGACAAACUAGCACAAGCUGGUCUGAAGAUCUGGGUUCUGACAGGUGAUAAGAUGGAGACCGCAAUUAAUAUAGGAUUCUCUUGUAGUUUACUUCGACAGGGCAUGAAGCAGAUAUGCAUAACAACAAUGAUCAUGGAUGCAUUAGUCCAAGAUCCCAAACAGGCUGUAAAAGAGAAUAUCUUAAUGCAAAUUACCAAUGCCACCCAAAUGAUCAAGCUGGAAAAGGAUCCCCAUGCGGCAUUUGCUCUGAUCAUUGAUGGGAAAACUCUAACUCAUGCCUUGGAGGAUGACAUGAAGAAUACGUUCUUGAAUUUAGCAAUUUGCUGUGCUUCUGUCAUAUGCUGCCGCGUCUCACCUAAGCAGAAAGCUCUGGUAACAAGAUUAGUAAAAGAAGGUACCGGGAAAACGACAUUGGCAAUUGGUGAUGGUGCUAAUGAUGUUGGCAUGAUUCAAGAAGCAGAUAUCGGUGUUGGCAUCAGUGGAUGUGAAGGAAUGCAGGCUGUGAUGGCUAGCGACUUCUCUAUUGCACAGUUCCGGUUUCUGGAGAAGCUUCUGGUCGUACACGGUCAUUGGUGUUACAAAAGGAUUGCUCAGAUGAUUUGUUAUUUCUUCUAUAAAAACAUUGCUUUCGGCCUCACAAUCUUCUACUUUGAGGCGUUUGCUGGCUUUUCUGGACAAUCUGUGUAUGUCGACUGGUACAUGAUCCUAUUCAACGUCGUUCUUACAUCCUUGCCCGUCAUUUCGCUUGGGGUGUUUGAACAGGAUGUAGAUUCUGAUGUAUGCUUACAGUUUCCAGCUCUAUACCAACAAGGCCCGAAAAACCUGUUUUUCGACUGGUACAGAAUAUUUGGGUGGAUGGCAAACGGGCUAUACACGUCCCUCAUCGUGUUUUUCCUCAACAUAAUCAUCUACUACGACCAAGCCUUCCGGGCUUCGGGCCAGACUGCAGACAUGACGGCCCUUGGAACUGCUAUGUUCACGGGCAUCAUAUGGGCUGUCAACUGCCAAAUUGCUCUAACAAUGAGCCACUUCACAUGGAUCCAACACCUAUUCGUGUGGGGCAGCGUUGCCUUCUGGUACAUCUUCCUCUUCAUCUACGGGGAGCUAAACUACGCCCUCGAUGUCAAUGCCUUCAGGAUCCUCACCGAAGUCCUCGGUCCAGCCCCCAUCUACUGGAGCACCACCUUGCUCGUGACCGUCGCCUGCAACCUGCCUUACCUCGCUCACAUCUCCUUCCAGCGGCUGGUGAACCCGCUCGACCACCACGUCAUACAGGAGAUCAAGUACUACAAGAAGCACAUCCGGGAUCAUCGCAUGUGGAAGGCUGAGCGGAGCAAGGCCCGCCACUCGACCAAGAUCGGCUUCACGGCAAGAGUCGACGCUACGAUCAGGCAGUUGAGAGGGAGACUCAACAAGAAGUAUUCGAUCAACAAUGCUGUAGCACAGCAAACUUGAUUCUGCAUAUAGAUUUUAGUUUUUCUUGAUGUUUUUAGUGUUUGGUUUUCUUUUUCUCUUUUUAUGGGAAGUCGAUGAUUUUAGUUGUUUUGGUUUGGUCGAAAUCUUCUAUUAAUUCUUUCUUGAUGGGGUAUUAAGUGUAGUGAGGUGGUUUGUAUGUAGAAAUAGUUUGUAAGAUCACCUAUUCAUCAAAAGCUUAAAAGUAAAUGGUGGGUACAUAUUUUCACUUAA